UUGUUUUCCUGGCAUACUUAACUCUAUUUUUUGUUUUUUGUUUUUUGUUUUUUUAAAAAAAACUUGUAUUAUUCCAGGGAACAACAGUAAUAACAUCACUUAUAUUAUUCUCUAUGUAUUAUUACAGGGAACACAAGUACUAACAUCAUUGACAUCAGUGCUGCAUGACAGCAAGGAGUUCCCCAACCCAGAGAUGUUUGACCCUGGCCACUUUCUAGAUGCCAAUGGAAACUUUAAGAAAAGUGACUACUUCAUGCCUUUCUCAGCAGGAAAACGGGCUUGUGCUGGAGAGGGCCUGGCCCGCAUGGAGCUGUUUCUACUCCUGACCACCAUUUUACAGAACUUUAAACUGAAAUCUCUGGUUCACCCAAAAGACAUUAAUAUGAUCCCAUUUAUGAAUGGAUUAGUUACUCUACCGCCCCAUUACCAGCUCUGCUUCAUUCCUCUCUAAAGAGAUUAUACAUUCUGACCCCUCCUGUGUUGCCUUCUGCAAUCCCCUCCAGGUCCUUAUUCACCUCCAUACUUGUCAGGGAUAAGGCAUCUUCCAUCCUGGCUCACAGAACUCCCUUUUCUGAAGGCCUAGCAAACACAUGCCAUUUCUGGAGUUAUAGCACAAAUGCACUUGUAUGUUCUCUUUUUUGUCUGAGACCUUGUGCUUAUGUUUCUCCAUUCCUGAGUUAGAAUAAAACUUCACUGGUAAAUAAUAGUUAUUAUAAGAUAAUUCCUAGUCGUGUUUUCUUUUGAAUGUUUUCAAUAAAAAUUUUAUGUGAUUUG